GGCCGGGCGGAGAGGCGCGGCGCGGAGUCCCGUUAGAAGCAGCGCGGAGCCCGUGCGGAUCCCCACCGGCACAGGAGGAGCGACGGCCGUGCCCAGCCCGCCGGGAAGAUGCCGAAAACGAUCAGUGUGCGUGUUACCACCAUGGAUGCUGAGCUGGAGUUUGCCAUCCAGCCCAACACCACAGGGAAGCAACUCUUUGAUCAGGUUGUUAAGACAAUUGGUUUGCGAGAAGUCUGGUUUUUUGGACUUCAGUAUCAAGACACCAAGGGUUUUUCAACAUGGCUAAAAUUGAACAAAAAGGUAACAGCACAGGAUGUACGUAAAGAAAGCCCCCUGCUUUUCAAAUUCCGUGCCAAGUUCUACCCAGAAGAUGUGGCAGAAGAGCUGAUCCAGGACAUCACACAGCGCCUUUUCUUUCUCCAAGUGAAGGAGGCAAUUCUGAAUGAUGACAUUUACUGUCCUCCAGAAACAGCUGUCCUGCUGGCUUCUUAUGCUGUCCAGUCCAAAUAUGGAGAUUUCAACAAAGAUGUGCACAAGUCUGGCUACCUUGCUAGUGAUAAACUGCUCCCACAAAGAGUUUUGGAGCAGCACAAGCUUAACAAGGACCAGUGGGAGGAGAGGAUCCAGGUGUGGCAUGAGGAACAUCGAGGAAUGAUUAGAGAAGAUGCUGUCUUGGAGUACCUGAAAAUUGCACAAGAUCUGGAAAUGUAUGGUGUGAACUACUUCAGCAUAAAGAACAAGAAAGGUUCUGAGCUCUGGCUAGGUGUAGAUGCUCUUGGACUCAACAUUUAUGAGCAGAAUGAUAGGCUAACACCGAAAAUCGGAUUCCCUUGGAGUGAGAUCAGAAAUAUCUCAUUCAAUGACAAGAAAUUUGUUAUUAAGCCUAUUGACAAGAAAGCACCAGACUUUGUAUUCUAUGCCCCUCGGUUACGGAUUAACAAACGAAUCUUGGCACUUUGCAUGGGGAACCACGAGCUCUACAUGCGCAGACGUAAACCAGAUACCAUUGAGGUGCAGCAGAUGAAGGCACAGGCUCGGGAAGAGAAACACCAGAAACAGAUGGAGAGAGCCCUGCUGGAGAAUGAGAAGAAGAAGAGGGAGUUGGCAGAAAAGGAGAAGGAGAAGAUAGAGCGUGAGAAGGAGGAGCUAAUGGAGAGACUCAAGCAAAUUGAGGAGCAAACCAAGAAAGCUCAGCAAGAAUUGGAAGAACAGACCCGCAGAGCUCUGGAGCUGGAACAGGAGAGAAAACGAGCUCAGGAGGAAGCAGAGAAACUGGCUAAGGAACGUAGAGAAGCAGAAGAGGCAAAGGAGGCCCUAUUGAGAGCAUCCCAUGAUCAACAAAAGACCCAGGAGCAGUUGGCUGCUGAGAUGGCAGAACUCACAGCUAGGAUCACACAGCUGGAGCUGGCCAGGCAGAAGAAGGAGAGCGAGGCACAGGAGUGGCAGCAUAAGGCACAGAGGGUGCAGGAGGACCUAGAGAAGACCAAAGAGGAGUUGAAGACUGCCAUGAGCACCCCUCAUGUCACUGAACCCAUGCAUGCUGAGAACGAGCAUGAUGAUGAGCAGGAUGAGAAUGCAGCAGAAGCCAGUGCUGAGUUACGGUCAGAGGCCACCAUCAAGGACCGCAGUGAGGAGGAGCGCACCACUGAAGCAGAGAAGAAUGAGCGGGUCCAGAAACACUUGAAGGCUCUUUCCUCAGAGCUGGCAAACGCUCGGGAUGAAACCAAGAAGACAGCAAAUGACAUGAUCCACGCCGAGAACAUGCGCCUCGGCCGAGACAAGUACAAGACCCUCCGUCAGAUUCGGCAGGGAAACACCAAGCAGCGCAUUGAUGAGUUCGAGUCCAUGUAAACUCUCCCCUGCACCUGCUGCCCUGCACUCUCUUCUCCCCUCUUUCCCAUCCUCUCCCAUCAUUCACUCAUAAUCGUGCUAUGCUGGAACCACUACAGAAGAGUGACCAUG